UCACGAGUACUACCAGCCAGACGCCGACCCAGCAUACAAGGUACGUCCUUGGCCGGUGAGCACCGUCCAAGAUUCCUGUGAGCAGUGAGUGCGACACGGCACGACCAUACACGCACAUGCGAGGAAUGAGCCCCGGCAUUGGUGCCAAUAAGCGUCUCGGCGUCGGCGGCGGCGGAGGGUUCGCGCUCGGGUGCGGCUGCAAGGACGCCAAGGCCGUGGCGGUGGCGGUGAUGGCGGCGUCCGCGUCGCCGUACUCCGCCACGGUCACGGAGACGGCCACGGCGAAUUCGGCGACGUGGCGCAGGGCUAGGGCGGCGCAGGCGUCGGGGUCGACGGGCACGCUGACCGCGCCCUCCGCGUCGUCGUCGUCCUUCCUGUGGGAGAACGCCGUCGAGGCUGCGGGUGAGGAGGAGGAGGUCAACUGCAAGCGGGAGAGCUCGGCGACGACCACGCCGAGCUUCUCUGGCCUGCUGCGCCAGCUCAACGAGCUCGAGCAGAGCGUCGUGUCGUGGGGGCGGAAGAGCACCAGCAAGAGUUACUUCUCGCGACCUCCGCCGCCACCGCCGUUACCACCACGGCCAGUGAAGCACAGAGUUGUGCGCAGCGGCGACACCCGCGACAGCAAAGAAGGGCACGGCAGCUUCUCUCCGCCACCGCCACCGCCGCUGCCUUAUUUCCAGUUUCAGACGAAGCAGCAUUGGAAGGCAAAGAGCAUGGACAAAGGCGACAGGCAGGAAGAAGAGGUCCACUACAUGCAACCACCGCCUCCGCCGUAUCCAUUGCCGUCUGAGCAUCCCCGUAACAUGAAGAGCACGGACAAACUCGUCAACAAAAAAGACGUCGACAACUUCCCGCCACCGCAAGCGCCGAAGCACCGGAAAGCGAAGAGCUGCGACGGCGGCACCGGCAGGAUCGACGGGAGCGUGGCGGUGGUGAAGGAGUCCGACGACCCGCUCAGCGACUUCCGGCGGUCGAUGAUGAACAUGAUCGUGGAGAACAAGAUCCUGACUGGCGACGAGCUCCGCAAGCUGCUCCGCCACUUCCUCGCGCUCAACGCGCCACAUCACCACGAUGCCAUCCUCCGGGCCUUCACGGAGAUCUGGGACGAGGCUUUCACCACUAAGGCCCCCCACCGCAAGGCUGCCAGGCCAACGCCGCCCCGGCAGAGGGCGCCACCGCCACCGCGCCGCCGGAACCCUCCGCGGGCGUGGCACUAACGCAGUACGGUGCCACUGCUUACUACAACGCCAGUAUAUAUCACCUGACUGUACCACAAAUCUACUGCAGAUGUCCUCCCGAUUUGUUUGUUAAUGCUCUUUAAUUUCAGUUCUGUUCUA